AUGUAUCCCCGUUUUGUCACUCGACCGCAGAAAGGGCGUCGCAUCGUGCACACCAAGACCAUCCAGCGGUCCGUGACGCGCAAGCGAACGCUGACACGUCCGGACGGUAGCCAGGAAGUCGUCGAGGAGGAGGUGGUCUCCCCGCGCAGCCGGGAAAUGUUGCCCAAGGAUCGGCCCCUGAGCGAUGCCGAAUUCCAGAGGGACUCGCUUAACUGGCACAACUACUACCGCUCCCUCCACGGAGUGCCGCCUCUACAGCUCUCGGCAGAGUUGAAUGCGAUGGCCAAGGCGUGGGCGACCAAAUUGGCGACAGAAGACCGCUUCGAGCACAGUCCCGGCACCGACCACGGCGAGAACAUCUACGUCAAGUGGUCCAGCGACACGAAACACCAGAUAACGGGUCGCGAAGCGGUCGAGUCCUGGUACAGCGAGAUCUCGGAGUACCACUGGGACGGUGGCGAGCCGGACAUCGAUAUCACGGGCCACUUCACGCAACUCAUCUGGAAGGAGACGACGCACCUGGGCUGCGCCCAGGCGCGGGGCGCCACGCACAAGAUCCUCGUGGUGGCAAACUACUCGCCGCCCGGAAACGUCAUCGGGAAGUUCGCCUCCUGCGUUCCGCCCCUGCUGAGAUGA